AUGCGGACGAUUCGAUAUCUGGUGCCUGCACUGCUGGCCGUGACUGGCCUGGUCAGUGCUCAGGACUUGGGCGCCCUGUCAAGCUGUGCGCAAAACUGCGUCAACAACAUGAGAGUCAGUGUCGGAUGCGUACCCGUUACCGACCAAUGUCUCUGCAGCAAUGCCAAUUUCGAGAAUGGGAUUCGUGACUGUGCGACUCAGUCGUGCACUGCAGAAGAUGUAACUGCUGCCAUGGACUAUGCCGGUGCAUUUUGCCUGAAAGCAACAGGGACCACCACCGCCGCAGCCGCGACCGAAACAACCAAUACCACCCCUCCACCUCCCACGACCACCUCUGAAUCAGAGACCACGACGACGCCUACCACUGCAACUGAACCAACUUCUGUCACAGCUGAGACUGCCACUUCAGAGACAGAGAGCUCAACUGCGACCACCGCCACCACUGAGACCAGCUCCACCGCUUCUUCAGCGGCUACGGGAGCUACUGAGACGUCCUCGACUUCCUCGGCGUCCAAGACCACUUCUGAAACGACCUCGGGCACCAAAGCGUCUGCCUCCCAGUCUGCUUCGUCGACCGCCGAUGCUGCUGGAGCCCAACCCUCUGAUAGUGGUCUGUCUGUCGGUGCUAAGGCUGGAAUUGCUGUUGGCGCCGGUGCCGCCUGUGUUGCCAUUGUUGCUCUGUUGAUCGCUCUUUGCCGGACCAGACGCGCCAGACGGCCUUUGCCUCGAGGUACUAUGCAGAUCUCCGAGCCUCUUCCUGGCUCCGGCCGUCUGGACUAUGAGAGCGGUACACAGUUCACUACCCGCCCACCAAAAUCGGCCGGAUCCAAGUUCUCUCAGAUGACCGAGCUCGACCAAAAUGCUCGGCGGUAUGAGGACAUGCUUCCGCGUGUGUCCCCAAGACGGAUGGUCUGA